UGAACCCCAGCAGUGGAGACCAGUUAAUUUCCGCCGUAGAAGGACAUUUGGUCCCGUCGGGGCCCACGCGGUACGCACGGCUGAGAUGCAUUUGGCUCAUAAAGUGCUCGGACAGCGCUGGAUUUAACCAAUGUCACAUGCGCGUGGCAGACCCAGACGGCGCGUUCACAUAGGCCCGCGGAGCAGCAGAACAGUGCCUGGUCGCCUUAAAUUCACCAACGUUGACGUGUCGACCGCCCACCCCUGGUUCGACAUAUCGGAGCCGAACACAGUGCUCGCGGUCAACCCCGCCCGCAUUCAUCAACACCUCCCUUCAUUCUCUCGUCGAACCCCAAACGAAAGCCGCUCGCUCACACCGCUUCUUAUUUUUCCCUCCAUAACAACCGCCGCCGCCGCCAUGACCUCGUCGAUCACGAUCUCACCGUCCCCCUCUCCGUCUCCGAGCUGGUCCCCCUCGCCGUCCCCAGCCGUGACCACCGUCCCCAAGACCGUCAUACUCCGGCAGCAGUCCUCCCCACCGUCGAAGUCCGCCGUGAACUUCAGCCCGCCGCUGAUCGCGAUGGUUGCGGUGGUCGCCGCCGCCUUCCUCAUCGUCUCCUACUCCCGCCUCAUCUCCCGCCACCUCCUCCGCCUCCACCGCCGCGUCUCCUCUCGGCGCCGGCAGCGCCGCCCCUACCUCCCGUCCUCCUCCUUCGACCUCAACUCCCCCCCGCCCUUCUUUGACUCCCCCGACGCCGGCGCAGCCGCCUUCUACGUGUACUCGCCAUACGGCCUCGACGACGCCGUCAUCAAGACCAUCCCUCUCUCCCUCUACAUCGCCAAGGGCCACAACCACCGAACCCGAGACUGCGCGGUUUGCUUGCUCGAGUUCGAGGAGAGCGACUACGUGCGGACUCUGCCGGCGUGCGGCCACGCGUUCCACGUGGAUUGCAUCGACAUGUGGCUCCGAUCGCACGCCAACUGCCCCCUCUGCCGCGCCGGGAUAUUCCUCCCGCCGGAAUCGCCUUUCGUGCCUCUAAUGGCGGCGAGGAUACGGCCGAGCCUCGACGAGGAAGCGAUCCUCCGCGACAUCAUCUUCGAGGAACCGCUCGACGCAACGGAAGUCAGCCUCAACGACCCAAACAGCCACCACAGUAACAACGUGAACGGGACAACGGUCACGGAGAUCGUCGAAGAGCAAUCGCCUCGGAGGAUGAACCCGUCAUCGGAGGAUCGGACGAUGAACGCGAGGGACUUCCUGCUGAAGCGAUCGUACUCGUUCGGGUUCGAGAGGAGCUUGGCGUCGGAGAGGAUGGUCCUGGAGCCCGUGACGGCCUCACCGUGGAGGUACCGCCGGGGAGGCGGCGGAGGGUUCUGGAACAAGAGGAUGUCGCCAUUCGGCUCCUUGCCGAAGCCCAGGGUGUUCUCGUUCCGAUACUACAGGGGGAUGAAGUCGCCGUUCUUCAAGCGGAGAGGAGGAGGAGGAGGAGGAGGAGGAGGAGGAGGAGGAGGCUUCUUCCCGCUGUCGGAGUCGAGCGUGAGGUUCUCGAGCGGCGCCAGCGGAGGAGGAGGAGGAUCGUCGCGGCGGAGCAAGUCGAUCGCGAGCCCCAUGUUCGGGAGGCCGGCGGGGUUCUCGUCGAGCCGGCUGAGGUGCGGCGAUCCCGAGGCGCUGCUCUCGCCGGAGCGGUUCAACAGGAGGUAGUAGCAGUAGGGGAACCAGGGAACUUGAAAAUUCAGACCGGCGGCGACUCCGAGCCGGGGGGGCGGGGGGGAGGGGAUGGAUCAAGUGGGGUGGACACGUGGACGGGGGAGGAAGGGAGGCGCGGGGGAUGGACGGUAGGAGAUGGGACAGGGAAGUGCGGGUGGAAGUGGGAAAUGGGGUCAACAAGUGCUUUUAAUGGACACACAGGGAGAGACGAAAUGGUGGAGGGGGGGCUGGUUCUGCAAAAAAUUUAAUUUUUAUUUAUUGAAUUGAAUUGAGUUUUUUUUUUUUUUUUGAGAAGCGAGUCAAAUUAAAUGGGACUGGGACUGGGAGGGCAUUAA